GUGUAAUUUGCAACCCUCUGCGUGGGGCAAGGGCGCAUGUCCGCAGCACCCUCUCAUUGAUCAGCAGCGGUGCAGCGCCCACAGACUCAGCAAAUACACCAAAACAAAAGGAACCUCUCCCGAAUUCGGCAAGAUGCCGCAAGUAACUGCAGGUGUGAGUGAUGAAGAGCUGACGGAAAGCGUGGAAGCGCUGCGGCAGAGGCUGGACGCGAUGAAAAGAUUGAUGGCCCAAAAUGAAAAAGCUCAAAACCGAGCUGAGGGCGGGCUGAUGGGAACGACGAGUGACAGGAAAAACUCGGACUCGAUCAUCGACGGCAACUUCCUCAGCGUCGUCUUCGGGGUCGUUUUGGUGCUCAUAAUUUCUGUAUCGGUCUACGCGUUUUACAAUUUGUACUUUGCCGUACUCAAGAAAUUCCCGGCUAGGCCUCAUUCGGAGCUUUAAAUUUUGUAAAAGCCCGUUAUUGCGCUUCCCCCAUCAUUUUAAAAUUAAAAAGACAGACGAGAACACUUGAAGACAAUUAAUAUCAAACAUUCAAAUAAUGAUCUCAUUUUUGUUUGAGACAAUUUAGAAUAAUUUUUCCUAUUUAUAAUAUGAAUGUAGUGCCAAAAAACUGCUCCAUCAUUUUAUACUCGCCGAAAAUUUAUAGAUCCUUUUUGAUCUUAAUUACAAUAAACUUCCUACAACAAUUAAUUUUUACAAUUACUGCGAUGAUUAUUAUAAAAUUAGAGUUUGUAAAAUAUUACAAAACUACACUGUGGAUUCUUUGAAAUGUGCCAAAAACUGUGUAACAAGUAACGUGUUUGCCAAAUAAAUUAAAAUAAUAUGAUUUAAAUUAAACAAA